AUGGAAGCUUACUUUGCAACAUUGACAAAAGCAUCAGGUGCUAGCGGUUUCCUGAUCGUCCGAGACGAUGCCGUGUCACCAGUAUUGAAGAAGACUGUUAAUAAACAAUUUUCAUCCUCUUCCGAAUCAUACUGCUCUUCCAUUUCCUCCACCUCAUCAAACCCGUGCCUGGGGCCUCCCAGUCUUCCCAGACGCAAGCGAAGCAGCGACGACCUAUCUUCCAAAGUCACUACGACAAGAUCAGGGGAGAAGGGAGCUAAAACCAGAGUCCUGAAGUCCUUCUUUGAUGAAGUGAUGGGUCCUGCCGCGGAAUCCAGCAAACGGGAUCGCAGUCACGAUGCAAUGGACUACAUGCAUGAUGCGAUCCAUAUCACAAGUCCAUCGUCAUCGAACUCAAGAAAAACGACAAAACAAUCAAAACGAUGGGAUGCCAAUGCAUGA